AUGGCCGACACUAUCAACCCGUUGGACACUUCGCCAACAUCUCCUGAUCCCGAAAUGUACACAAUCUCCCCCGCAGAUACAUCACUGGACUCGCCAGAGCCAGAGGAUGACAUCAAUGAGGAAGAGGACGAGAAGAAGCCAGCAAAGAAGAGAAAGUCUUGGGGACAAGAACUCCCAACCCCAAAGACAAAUCUACCUCCUCACAAACGCGCUAAGACAGAUGAUGAGAAAGAGCAGCGUCGGAUAGAACGGAUCCUCCGAAACCGCGCGGCCGCUCAAUCAUCACGCGAACGCAAGAUACUGGAGAUGGAGAAGCUUGAGACCGAGAAGAUCCGCAUGGAACAACAGAACCAGUUCCUUAUACAGCGGCUAUCACAGAUGGAGACCGAGAACAACCGCCUCAGUCAAAAGGUGGCUCAACUCUCCGCUGAGGUCCGCGGAUCUCGCAGCGCCACUCCCAAAGCCAGCUCUCCCGCCAUUGAAUCUCUCACCGUCACGCCCACCCUCUUCAAGCAGGAAGGCGACGAACUCUCCGUGGAACGAAUCCCAUUUCCCACCCCCUCUGUGACCGACUACUCCCUCACCCUCAAGAAUUCCACUCUGGCUGAAGCCUCCGACGCGACACAACAUCCUGCAGCGGUGUUGUGUGACCUGCAGUGUCCGUCGGAGGUCUCGAAGGAGAUGGAAGCGCCCUCCCUCUCUUCGACUUUUCCGAAGAACCUUCAACUGCAAAUGACGUUGCAGCUCCUCUUUCUGACGAUGACUUCCGCCGCCUGUUCAACGAUGAUUCACCCGCUGAGCCAAAUUCUUCUUUCCCUGAAGACGGGUUUGCCUUUGAUGUUCUAG